UCCCCAGCACCGAUCCCCCGCGACGGAUAAUACGACACAGAACAAUCCAAUAUCCAGGGCCGUCCCAAUUCCAUCUGCAGAGCCCCUACAUCAACAUUAUCGGACAACGCGCGCACCCCUCGGCACAGUACACUCGAGUCUACACACCAAAUACUCGCCCAGCCGACAAUCAAGCCCAUACACAUACAAAAAGAACACCUCCAAAACAUGGCGCAAGCCAACCCUUCCGUCUCGAGCGAAACCUCGCCCCCCUAUGUCGACCCCACCUUCUCGCUGGUCAACACAUCAUGCCUAGACCUCCUCCUCAUCGAACUGGUCCCCAUGGCCUACCGCAUAACCGCCGACCUGGCCGCACGAGAAGAAGAAUGGAUCCACGGCGCUGCCAGCGCAGCCUCACCUAGCGCGCGACCUAAACAGCUAGCUGGCUCCCCCGGUAACGACGCCGCGAGCACAGUAGCCGCGCGGACAGAAGGCGGAGGCCACGUCGGUGUCGCGGGGACCGUGGACGAGGAGGAGAGUAGAGAAGCUGUGUUUCACCGGUUAGAAGCACUGGGGUAUAGAGUUGGUCUUGGGGUUGUGGAACGUUUCUCCCGCGACGCCCCCCGCCCCACCACCCCUCUCGAUUGCAUCAAAUUCCUCUGCAAAGACCUCUGGACCCUCCUCUUCCGCAAGCAAAUCGAUAACCUGAAAACGAACCACCGCGGCAUCUACGUCCUUACCGAUAACACCUUCAAGCCCCUCGGCCGCAUGUCGUUUGACACGAAGAAAUACGAUGCGAGCAUGCAGGCGGCGCUCGUGGCGCAGACGGGGGACCCCGCGUUGGGGAGGGAAGCGAAUUCGCAGGCGAGGGUCCAGCCGUUUCUUUAUUUUCCCGCGGGCUUGAUUAGGGGGUGUCUGGCUGCGCUGGGGAUUCAGGCCAGUGUUACGGCAGAGAGUGUGGCGUUGCCGGGGGCUACGUUUCAGAUUCGGACGGUGGGGGCGAAGAGUUGAAGAUGUUUGAGAUGUUAGGGCUAUGUCUUUAGUUCAUGAUUGUAUAGUGGUUUUAGCGGCAUUCACUGGCGUUUUUUUUGCAAGAAUGAAUGAUGAAGAUGGGGUAUGAGUAUGGUUGCAUGAGAAUGUGUACAUAUAUGGAUAUCCGAAUAUAUAUGUUUAUCAUCACUUUCGUUUUUUUGUAGCGGCA